AUGUGGUCGUUAGCCCGAAUCCCGGGUGCACGAAAGACAUUACUCGAAUUCGGGCACCCGAAGCAAUAUUUACACUGGAAUACGGGCUGGAAGACGGUGUCGGGUAACCGAAACGAAAACUUACCCGAAUUCCAUUGCCACUCGUAUUCGGUGACAAGAAAUUCAGUACUUUUUAAUUUUGAAUCCAUGGAAAAUAUUUUGAACUACCAGUGCAACGAAAGUUGGGAGCAACCAAUGUUAAGCUCGUACAAUAAUGCAGUUGGAUCUAUGCCGGCUGCAAAACAGAGGUGUCAAGCUAAUGCUCGCGAGAGGGAUCGAACUCAAAACAGUGUGAAUAUGGCUUUCAACACGCUGCGUCUGCUGAUCCCCACGGAGCCUCCCGACCGCAAGCUCAGCAAGAUUGAGAUCCUGCGGCUGGCCGGUAGUUACAUCACGCAUCUGGAUAAUCAAUUAUACACGGGCAAAAUGGAACGACCAUGCUUACAAAAAAAUGAUGUCGAUCACAAGAAUCAGUCAUUGUGUACGUUUUGCUGGUCGACAGUAAAAAAAGACAUGAAUCCGGCUAUUAACCACAAUUUCUACGGCAGUCCAUGUUGA